GGGGGGUGAGCUUUUCAUCUCAAGAGCCCGGCCACUCAGUCCAAAUGAAUUGUCGCUCCGGCUAGGAGUUCUACCUUCUCUUCUGACUGAAUUCAAACGGUUUCUUCCAUUGGGUUUUUUAAUGCCUGCGUCUACACAAUCGCAAACGAGAGAGGGAGAGAGAGAAGAGAGAAGCUUCUGAGUGUUGCUCUUGAGGGAGUGAGGAGAGGGAAGAGGAGUGUUCGUCCCAGGCAAGUGAGAAAGUACGGACCCCUCUUGAGAGACUUAUUGACACCCUCAUCCUCCAUCAUGGCAUCUGCAGCAGAUUGGAAGCUGCAAAUGGACGCUGCGCCCGAGGCAGAGAAAGCGCAGUACUGGUUCUUCUACGAGAAAGCAUUGAAGAGGGAGGAGGAAGAGAAAGAGAAGGAGAGGGAGGAGAAGGUCAAGGCUCAUGAAGCCAUUUUCUCCAAUCCGGAUCUGCAGCAAGUCCAGACCCCGCUGCUGCUGCUACUGCUGCCGCAGCCAUUGCUGGGCCCGAACCCAGCAAUGGCUGGGCCAGGCGACAACUUUGCUUACAUCGACAGAAAGGCGGCGCAGAUUCCGUCCAAGUGCGACGGAAAGGACGACGUCGAGUCUUGGAUCAGCUCUAUGCGGUCCUACUUUGAUGUAUUGGGGACACCCUCGUCCACUCAGUCGUCUAUCCUGGGGACCAAUGUGGAGCCCGUCGUGCGGGGUUUCCUAGAAACCCAAGCUGUCCAAUCAGGCUAUAAGAGAAUAGACCUGAACAUAUGGCUAAAGGCUACGCCUACUGCCGCACUUGAGGAUCUCUUGAUCAAACAAUAUGCUGAUCCACAUGUUGCAGCUAAAGCAAGACUUAAGCUUGACAAGCUCAAGCACAGCAAGUGGACCGGCACCAUGCACAACCUGCAACAGUAUGUUAGUAAACUCUUUGCUACUUCGGAUCUGGAGAUGACUGCGCAGUCUUGUUUGGAUGUGAUAAAAGAUACUUCUUUGGAGUCUGAUCCCACUCAGCAAACCUCUUCUGAAACCUCAUCUGAUGCUGAUUCCAAGGCUGAAAAGUUACACAUCCUAUACAAGGAGCCUUGGGUAGAGUCGAAAGAGAUUGACUUUCAUGCUCUGUUGAGGCGGUGGGCUCACAUGAAGCAAAAACGCUUGCAAGGGAGGACGAAGUUGAUCUUCUUCAAACUCUACAUUGAUGGCCGUUACAUCCGUGCGUUGGCUGAUUGUGGUGCAACCGCCAACUACUUCUCACCGCACGACAUUCGUAAGGCACGCUUGGGGAUGAAGCAAGUGACUUUGCAGAAUCCUUGUCGGACCGAAGUAGGCAACCAUGAGGUUGUCACAUCUACGCAUGCAGUAAAAGGUGUGCGCACUACCUUUGACGCUGACCGCACAAUCACGCAUGAAUUGAACAUCUAUGUCCUUGAUCAAUGCCCCUUCGACGCGGUUAUUGGCUUGGACUGGUUGCAGGCCCAAUGUGAAAGAACCACGUGGAAGGAUUUACAAUUCAUGGUCAAAGAUGCCAUGGGAAUCGAGCGUCCUGUCCUCUUGGAUAAGCCGCGCGAGUCCCAAGUGACCUUUCUCAAUGCAAUGCAGUUCUGCAAAAAGUGGCGCAGACGCAAAACUGAUGAGCAAAUGUAUAUAGCCUUUGUUAGGCCUGCUCAUGUGCCUUCCAUUUUUGCUGUAUAUAAUGAUUCUACUUUGCAUGCUGUGUCCACCUCGGAUGCAACUACUUCUACCUCUACUAAGUCCAUCUCUAGUCCAUAUGACUCUACUUCUAAUCCUGUUGUUUUGGUUGCACCUAUACAAACUGACAUGCUUGCUCCUGAGAGUGAUGAUCCCCCUCCGAAAAUCCCACCGGAAAUUCGCAACCUUCUCAACCGAUUUUCUGACGUCUUGGCCGAACUGCGUGGAGUCCCCGUGCGUCUGGUCCGACACAGGAUCGAGUUGAUUGAAGGUAGCACUCCUCCAAAGGGUUGUGUCUAUCGAAUGGGCUCAGGCAAAUUGGAGGAGUUGCGACGGCAAAUUGAUGAUAUGAUUGGGAAGGGAUGGAUCAAACCAAGUGAGUCUGAGUUUGGUGCACCGAUGCUGUUUGUCCCUAAGAAAGGAGGUAAGUUGCGGAUGUGUAUUGACUACCGCGGAUUGAAUAGAAUCACAAGGAAGAAUGCAUACCCUUUGCCACAUAUUGAUGACUUGCUUGACGCUGCAGGUGGAUGCAAGGUCUUCAGCAAGAUCGACCUCAAAUCUGGUUAUCACCAGAUUGAAAUCGAACCUGCCGACCAGCACAAAACUGCAUUCAAAACUCGCGAUGGGCUGUACGAGUUUACGGUUAUGCCCUUCGGUCUCACGAAUGCACCAGCCACCUUUCAAAGUCUCAUGGACAAAGUGUUUCGCAAUCAGAUCAACCGAUUUGUUGUUGUAUAUCUGGAUAACAUUCUUAUCUUCAGCAAAUCAAUGGAGGAGCACAUGAGACAACUUGAGAAAGUGAUGCAGAUCCUCAAGGACGCGCAACUCUAUCUCAACUUGGAGAAAUCUGAGUUUGGGAGGGACAGCGUCAUCUACCUUGGACAUCGGUUGUCUGCUGCAGGCCUAGAGCCCGAGGCAACCAAGGUUGAGGUCAUCCAAAAGUGGCCCCAACCUGCGAAUGUCCGCGAGUUGCGUUCUUUUCUUGGUCUUGUGUCGUACUACCGUAAGUUUGUGCCUAAGUUUUCUAUCAUUGCCCGUCCAUUGUCUAGACUAACGAGCAAGAAUGUGUCCUACGCAUGGAAUGAAGAAUGCACGACAGCCUUUGAAGCAUUCAAAGAGGCUUUGGUGAGUCAUCCGGUGCUCCGCAUUGCAGAUCCCAAGCUUACAUUCGUAGUAACUACGGAUGCAAGUUUGUAUGGGAUUGGUGCAGUGCCGCAGCAAGAUGAUGGCGAUGGUUUACGUCCGCUGGAAUACUACAGCAAACGCAUACCCAGCCACAAGGUAGCUGCCUCCACUUACAUGAGAGAGCUCUAUGCCUUGAGAAAGGCACUAGACCAUUGGAAACACCACCUCUUGGGUCGCCAUUUCAAAGUGUUCUCGGAUCAUGAGACUUUGAAGUGGAUUCAGACACAGAUAAACCCAUCAACUACGAUGACCCGCUGGCUGCAUGAGAUUGAUGUGUAUGAUUUCGAACUCAAACACAAGAAAGGCUGCUAUAAUCGUGUUGCGGAUGCUUUGUCUCGCCACCCUGAGUACAUGACUUGCCUAGUGGGUUCCUACGAUCUUCGCAAGGACUUACAGAAGGAACUCAUUGAGCACACUGCCAAGGAUCCGGAACUCAGUCCCAUCCUUGAGCAGAUUCGGGUUGACCCUAGUAGUCAGCCUGAUUUCCAUGGAUGUAAGGGCCUUCUCUUUCGACGCUAAGGUAAACAUGACCGGUUGUGUAUACCCAACCAUGAGCCAAUCAUCACUCACUUCUUGGAUUUGGCUCAUGGCCGG